AUCUACUUUUAAUUUUCAGGUGACUAUAGAGGCUGUAAGAGGGCCAGGCUCCUAUUCAGACAUAGCUAUUGAUGAUUUGUACAUCUUUAAUGGAACAUGCAACCCCUCUCUGUGCCAUCCAUAUUCAGAGCCGAGUGUAAACUGUACUUUUAACGGAGCGACCUGUAACUAUAGCAACACUGACCCCAACUCCCAGUGGAAGAUCGGUGGAUCGUUCAAUUAUGGAAUAGAUCUUCCAGAUGAUCACACAGUUAGCAAUGGUUCUUUCAUGUUCUACCAAAACUUGAAUGGAAAUGAAGGUGAUAGUGCUACCUUAAAAUCGCCUAACUUUACAUCUCCUUCAAAUGCACACUUGAGAUUUUACUACCACAUGAAUGGAGCAAUGACGGGGCACUUCACGGUGUGGGCUGAGGGCAGAGAGGGACGUCGUCUGGGGGAAAUAUUACUCCAAAAACAAGGGGAGCAAGGAAGCCAGUGGAACAGCUUCUGCUCAGUGAUACCCUCUGACACAGAAAUGUCGCUGAUUUUCAAGGCCACUCGAGGCACGCUAGGGCUUAAUCACGUCGCCAUUGAUGAUGUCAUAGUGGACAGUGAAAAUUGUCCUU